CGCCGAUCUCCCAGCAGCCCCCAUGCCCCAACAGACGGCCCUAAAUUAUCAGAGUAGUGCCAUGCCCCACCCGGCACCCAUGGCACAGCCCCCGCCACCCAUGACCCAAAGUCAGCCUCAGCCCGUCAGCCAGCUUCAGCCUCAGCCGAUGAAGCCGCAGCCGGCUCUGAGUCAGCAGGCUUCUCACAGUCAGCCGAUCCAGGCCCAACCGCACCCUCAGAUUAAUAUCCUACGUGGCAACUCUAUGGAGAGCAGCCCCGGACGCAGCGGAGACCCAGCCGUGGCGGGGGAGGCCCCCAGGUGCUCUGACUCUUCCUCCACCGCCUCCUCCGUCAGCCCCCCCGACAAGCGCUGCGACUCGGGCAUCCACUCGCAGGCCUCUUACUCCUCCUCCUCCGCCUCGCACUCCAAGUCGGGUUCCUCUGGCUCCGAGAGCUGCGUGCCCCUGGCCCCCGGCGCCGGGCCCCCCCGCUCUUCCAGUGUCGACAACCUGUGUCGGAACCAGCCGCCGCCGCCGCCCCCCGAGCCCUGCGUCAAGAGCCUCUCCCUGCAGCGGGGCGCCAUGCCUCCCUCCGUACAAACGAGCCAGGCCGACCAAGCCUCCGCCGCGGGGAAGUCGGGGCGGCUAAACAUCGAGGUGGUGGGCGGGGGCUACGGCUUCCUGCCGCCCUCGAAGUUCGUGGCCUCCGAGCCCGUGUACAGCGACGCCUCCACGCCGGUGGUGAUCAAGCGACGCAGCUCCGUGACGGCCGUCGAGCCCGACACGCCCCCCUACGAGCGCUCGGGCUCCUCCUUCAGCACCUUCACGGAGCCGCAGCUGCCGCGGGCCGUCCUGCGGGGCCCGCACUACCCCGUGGCCAAGGCGCAGACGGUGGCCUCGCACGGCAUCCGCGCCCGCCGCCUGCCCGCAGCCGACGCCAAGCAUAACACGAUCGCUGGGGUUGUUCCGCCCAAGGGCUUCCAUCAGCCGGGCCACAUCGACUCGCGCUACUUUUCCGUGCCCGCCGUCAAGCCGCCAGCUGAUGUGCCCGUGAGAUUAUGAUUUGCUGAAGCUGCAUCAUCCGAACAAGAAAAUCAGUGAGGGAAGGUAAGAAA